GUUUGGCGGAAACGCGCGGCAGGGCGCGAGCCGUGCCGAAGGAGUAACGUUCGGCAUUCAGUCCGCCCCGCGCUCCGCUCGAGCAUCGAACUCCGCACCCUCUGGACCGGUCGGAGAUAAUCGGAGGAAAAAUGACGGAAGAGCAGCCGAGUUACAAGCUGAUAUAUUUCAACGCUCGCGGCCGAGCCGAGCAUAUUCGUUACAUAUUUGCCAUGGUUGGUAUCGAUUACGUCGACGAGCGAGUCCCGAAGGAACGCUGGCCGGAGCUGAAGAAGUCCAUGCCUUAUGGGAUGCUGCCGGUCCUGGAGAUCGAUGGGAAACCGAUAGCUCAGAGCAACGCCGUCGCCAGAUAUUUAGCCAGGAAACACGGGUUAGCAGGAAAGGACGAAUGGGAGUCCAUGCUGUGCGACGUCCUCGUCGACACGCUCGGCGACUUGAAACAAGUCUUGUUCCAAUAUCGAACCGAGGAGGACCCUUUCAAGAAGGAGGAGAAGAAGGCGAGACUGCUGAAAGAGACAAUACCCUUCUAUUUGAAUAAAUUCGAGCAAACUAUUGCGAACAACGGUGGUUACGCAGUCGGGACGACGACCACGUGGGCGGAUUUCGUGUUCGCGGUGGCUCUUGAGAACUUCGAGCAGAUCUUCGGGCCAGCUUCCCUGGAAAAUUAUCCAGCACUGAGGGGCUUGAAGCAACGAGUGCACGAAAUUCCAGCGAUAGUCGAGUGGCUUGGCAAGCGACCGCAGACGGAAUUUUAAAAAGGAGAUUACAUCGAGACGGUCCGUCAAUUGGUUC